UUUAAUAUUUUAAUUCCAACAAAACAACAUGAAAUUCACUUAAUUCGAAAUAUAUCAUGUGAUUGUUCAGCCAAAAUCAAAAAUUCUGAUUUAAAAAAUUUACCAGAGGAUGAUAAAGUAUCCAAUAUCAAUUUAAUAACUAUGGAAAAAAAAUUGGAAAUGAUUCUAUGUAGUUUGAAAAUAUCAAAUUCUGUGUGGAUUGGAAGCAAAGAUAAUAGGUUUAAUUCGGUAACCUUUACGAUUGCUUCAAAUGAACAUUGUGAACAUAUUUUGGAUUUAUUUAUCGAAAAUGACAUCGGAGUAAAAUUAAAUUCAACAGUAGUAGUUUUGCCUUGUUCACUGUAUUACCAAGAUAUCGAGUCUACACAACCAGUUUUUGAAACUAAUCAAAAUGAGAACUCAACUAAAUUGUAUGAAUCAUCCUGGAAAAAAUUUCUUCAGUCUGUAAGAUCUCGGUUAGCCGUUGCACAAGUCGUUCAAGGUAUAGAAACGGGUGCAAUGCUAACCUUUGAUUUUUUAAUCCUUCUACUUAUUUCAGUAACUGUUGCAGCCCUUGGUUUAAUGCAAGGAGAAACUACAAUAUUUGUUUCUAGCAUGCUUUUGUCUCCGCUGAUGGGACCGAUAAACGCUGCUACCUUUGGAACAAUGAUCAAAGAUAAAAAACUUAGAAAUAUGGGAAUCGUAAAUGAAAUAAUUGGUUUGAUUCUUUGUGUACUAAUUGGAUUUUGGUAUGGAUUAAUAACUUCGUAUUUUGAUGGUCGAGAUGCUAGUCAGUGGGUAACUGAUGAAAUGGCUUACAUGACAGAUAUUGGUAGCUUAUGGGUCAGUAUUGUACUUGCGUUUCUCGUUGGGAUUGCUGUACCCAUUGCUUUACUAGGAAACAAUACAUUUUCUUUGAUUGGAGUAGCAAUAUCUACAUCUCUUCUACCACCUUCUGUCAAUGCUGGCCUAUUAUGGGCUUUUUCAGUAAGAAGUAUUAACCAAGAUUCAAUAAAUACUUUUAAUUUACAAUAUUCAUCUACAAGAUCUGUUGACUUUGCUAUAAAAGGUGCAAUGAGCAUGUGUCUAACAUUUAUCAACAUUAUAUGUAUAUUCACUUGUGGUAUUGUCAUAUUAAAAAUAAAAGCUGUUGCACCAAAAAAGUAUAAUAAUACUAUAAAAACAUCAAUGAAUGAAUACUUAAAUGUGAUAAAAGAAAUAAACUCUGGAUUAAACGAAGAAAAAACAAAUUAUCUUACAUUGAGAUUAAAAGAGGAAUAUGCUUUUGGAAUUUCUCAAAAUACUUUAAAUAUCGGAGGAUCCUGUUUGAAUUCAAGAUUUAAUCCUUUUGAUUUAAGUUUUAUUACGUGGUCACCGGGAUACAAUAGACAGCAAAAUGUUAAAUCUUUUUCGAAGACUCAAACUACAGAUAGUGAAGCAUCCAAAUUAAUAAAUACACACAUAAAAAGUACAGAUUCAUACACUAAUGACACAUCACCCGGAUCCUUAAGAGCCAUUUUUAAAUCUCCAAAAGAAAGUUAUCCAAAUUAUGGCUCUAAUAGUACAAGAUCAUUCUCAAAACGGUUUGUUAUUACUCCUGUGACUUUAAAAAGUACUUCAAAUGAAUAGA